UUUUUUUUUUUGUGUUUAGAUAAUGACAGCACAUAUCAUUGGGACAAUACAACGGCAGUUGAGCACUUUAUUUGAAGAAUUUAAGAGAACACAAGAUACCUGGGAAGAACUCAAUUCACACGCUUUCCCGCUAGCAAGUUCCCUGACGAAUUCAGUUAUUCUGUCAAAAUAUGUAGAUGAGCCACAGUAUUGGCACCCACUCUUAUCACUCGAAUUCCCUGAUAUUAUCCAGAAAUAUGAUGCAAAAAUGCAACGAAUCAUUGAACAACAGCACACAAAACUUGAUGAUCUUGUCGAAAAAAUGGCUAAGCAGCAAAACAAAAUGAAGCAAUAUAGAAAAGAGCUGAAUGCUAUCUGUGAACGUGCCGAGAAUAUCAAUGGACAAGCAUUUGUCAAGCAUCAAGCUAUCUUUCAGACAUGUUCGCUGGAUUUCUUUGCGAGUCGAAUGGAGAAAAUAAUAGAUAUGUAUAGCAGAGAACUGCUUACAAAAAGAUCAUUGCUUGACAAGAGUGAAAAGGGCUUUAAAAACAUUUUAUCUCGAGAAGAGGGCGUCGUUUUAUUAUCCAUUUGGAUCAAUCAACCCAGUAUAGUUAAAUCCUUUUUACAAGAAUGGCAAGAUAUUUGUGCAACUGAGAUGAAUCUGAUGCUUUGAUGGGUAAACGAGAUAAGAAACUUUAUGGAUUACAUGUAUAUAACUAUCCCUCUUCUCUUUUCCCCAACUUUGAUUUUACUUACUUGUCUAUAUAUUUCUUCUUUUUUUUGCUUUUUUUCUCGGAAAGAAAAAAAGUGUAACCCAAAGAAAAAAGUCCAAUUAAACUUAAAUCCUUGCAUCAGGAGGGUUACUCAAAAUUUAUAAAAGGAUUCCGCCUUAUUCUACUGGGCUAGUAUGGCUUUAUUUUUUUUUACUUCAUAAUAAGUGUAAACAGCCAUGUUGAAACCAAAAAUAGGAGUACAACAAGUUUAUCUAAACAACAAGGAUUUUAUUUUGUACAACCAGAGUAAUUAAAUUCGGUUUACUGUGUAGAAUAGUAAAAAUAAACAUAUAAAAAGAUAAACUGGC